AUGUCAUGGCCAGAGCUGCAAGGGCAGGAGCUUGCGCUCCUUAAAGGGGCAUUCGCGAACCCCAGGCAAUUGCAGGCGGCUUUCGAUAGUCGCGAGGAGGCGGCUGAACUAAUCGAAGUGUUCUUGCCAGGCAUCAACCGAGAUGGGAAAUAUCAGAGAGCAGACGUUCUUGUGGCAUGGGCACGGGAAAAUGAAUCAGUGAUGAAGCGACAGCGAAGAGAGUCGUUGCAGGGCAUGUGGGAGGUAUUACCCCAGCAGCGUGUGACGCCGAAGCUGGCAGACACCUUCGAUGAGCUGGCAAGGAGCAACCCGCUUGUCCUGCUACCGGCACUGCAGCGGAAGAGGCGCUUGCUUAGAGAAAAUACCGACGCUACACAGCGAGCAAAGGAGGAGCAGCUGGCGAAGAAGAAGUAUGCCUUACAACUGGCCGAGAUACUUAAGCAGGCGAAGUUGCCAUUGGUGCAACAGCUGGAGGGAGUGGACCGGCCCGAAGAAGUUUGGCCACGGAUAUUUGGAACCCGCAGGAGCAAAACGCUGCGAAACCGCUUAAAGGCCUGGGAACCCUUCAGGACAUGGCUGCAGUGCGUCCAUGAAGUGCAGUGGCCAACUAGCGUGCGGCAGCUGAUUGAUUAUAGCAAUGAGAGAUAUCAAAGCGAGUGUGGCAAGACAGUGCUGAACAGUUUCCAGGCGUCGCUGGCCGUCUUGGAGCAAGUGGGAAAGGUCGCAGAGACACAGCGGCUGUCGAAUGAUACAACUUGGAUGGCACACUUGAAGUCGUUAACAGCAGACCUGGUGGGUGCGCAAGCACCUGUACAGCAAGCACCCAUGAUGACGGUGGCGAUGAUCAUAUCACUUGAACUGCACAUUGCAAGAGAGGAUGAACCAGAGUAUGUACGGGCAAUGGCAUUCGUGGCGCUGCUGGCCGUGUAUGGUUCAAUGCGAAUGGACGACUUGCAAGGGAUGCUGCCGGCCACCAUGCGGCUUACAGCACAGGGCUUCAAGGCCACUCUGGGACGCACCAAGACGACGGGCGCAGACCGUCGCAACAAGGAGGUCUCGGUCUUCAUACACAGGCAGGCAGGAUUGUCCGGGUUUGAUUGGCUGGGUGAGGGCUUUGCGCUUUGGAAGAAGUAUACUCAGCCGAGAGACUUCCUUGUCAUGAUCGCCAGGGACGAUUGGAAAGGGCCAACUAAGCACUUUGCUAAGAGCGAGGUAGUUGCAGGCUAUGUGCGUGAGGUCUUCAAGAGGCUAGCAACGCCGAAGUUUGAGGAUGGGGCCUAUCGCCUCAACUUGCAGAGGUACCUCUUGGUGGAAGGGGCCCAAGGCUUCUUCACGGGGCAUAGCCCACGCAAUUGGCUUACUUCAGCAGCUGCGGUGUUGGGAUGGUCUAAGGAUCAGAGGGAUUUCUUGGGUCGUUGGAUGAUCGGUGGUUCGGGUUCUGCCGACUACACGCGCACUGCAAGGGAGGUUGUGCAUCGCAUACAGAUUGGGGUCUGCGAAGCAAUUGUCACCGGCAAGGGUGGCGAGUAUCAAGAGAGUGAAGCCCUCGAAGAGCUAAAAGCCUUUGUGGACGAACGUGGAGGUUCAGGUGCAUUGGCGAGGCGGCGGCAUGAUCUACUUAGGACUGUGGAAGGCGUACGCUGCUUGGGCACCAAGUGGCCUGCCAUUGAGCAGGACGAUGCAGAUGCCAGCGAAGAAGAGGAGGCACCGGAAGCGAUGAACGUUGAGGGUAGUGCCACAAAGUACUUCAUUAGCAUCAGUCGUAAGACGGGCCAUCGCAGGCUGCACUUGAAUGGGCCGUGCCAUGUUAAGCCACAUCAUUGCAAUAGGGUCGAGUUUGUCGAGCGUGUCGCAUUGGAUCAGAUCGACAGCAUUUGUCGUGAUUGCAAGCAUCGUAUGAGGGAAGAUCAAGGUGCCGAGGACGAUCAGGACACAAGUAGCGAGAGCGGGUCCACAAGUGACUCGAGCUGCGAAGAGGGGUGCGGCAUGUACAUGGCUGUUUGCAUGGAUAGCAUGGCGUUGCCCAGUGAGGCGGAUCAGAGAGCAGAAGUGGCAAAGAUGGAUUCUGACUUGCAGUAUGUGCUUCAGGAAGCCAGUGCGUCACUGGCCACGCAAUAUCAGGUUGCGCGGCUCCAUCAGAGUCGCAGGCGAUUCCAGGCGAUCGCCGAUAACCGCGAAGGUGCCCGGACAGCUGCACGUGAUUUCGGGAUUAAUCCUGAUACACCGGCGGGCCGUGUUGAGGUGGCAGCUAUCGUAGCUGCGUGGGAACUUGCCAAGGAGUAUGCCAGUAAAGAAAUCGAGCUACGUGCAGAGGCGAAAGUUCUAGGCCAUAAGAGAAUCUUGCAAGUGCAGGAACGCCAAGCUAUGCUGAAGGCAGUGACGGAUGCAUACGGGAAGAUGAAUGAAAGCGAGACGCCAAGUGCAGAGUACUUGGCAACAAAGGCCGAGGAGUGCGAGAGCAAUGAGCCUCUCGCAAGUUCGCUUGAUCGCAUCUCUUCAAAGAAGGAUUCGCAGGUGGAGAGUCUCCAGACUAGCAUUGAUCCGACCGGGCAUGUUCGGGUGACAAAGACAAUGCAGAAGUUGGAAAUGCCACAUCACUCAGAGGGCUAUAGACGCUUGAUGAAGGUCGAGGCACAUGCAUGGCUCUGCAUGAGUGCACGGUUUAAGGCAAAGGCUUGGUUGCAAGGGCUUCAGCUUGAUGAUUUCACUAAGUUUGUUGAGUACAUCUUGGGAGAUCGUGUUGGCAACCUAAAGUUGCCCACUGCUUCAGGGCAAGAGACGCAGUUCCACAGGCCUCCUUGGAACAUCGUCUUGAGUUAUGAAUAUAAGUUGAGGGUUGAAGCUUUCAAGAUGAUCCUGGAGGGAACCGCCACCAUGGCAGAGGCACUUCGGGCAGUGCGUGAGGAUCCAUCGCUGAAAGAGGCUUACUUUACAACACCUCUGGCAUUGCACACAGCUGGUACGCCUACCAAGUUUCGGAAGGGCAACAGCAAAGGAAAGGAUAAGCAGCAAGGGCAAGAGAUUCCACCGCCGCCAGCGCCGCAUCAGAACGGGUGUUUCGGCGAGCACCCGGCCUCGCAGCACGAAGCCGCGACAGCGGGCCAACCUGUGGCAUCAAGGGUGGUUCAUGUCUUUGCAGAUCCUGCUGAGCGCUUUGAUUGGGCACCGCAUCUCAGCAAUAGCAUGUCGCAGCCAGAAUUCGUCGCUUUUGGAUUUGAUGCAAACAACCUGUUUUGUGGUGAUGCUUGGGAUCAGUUGUUUGAGCUUGUGAAACAACCGAAAACCGUGAUCUUGAUUUCGCCUCCUUAUGAUACUUUUAGUCGGGCGAGGCAUAAGCAACCUGGGCCACCGCCACUUCGCAGUGACCAGUGGCCCAGAGGUUUUCCAUGGCUUAAGGAUUCGUCUAUGCAGAAGGUGACUUCUGCCAAUCAUUUUAUCGACCAGUGUUUGAAAGCAACAGUUUUCGCGGCCGAGGCUGGCAAUUUCUUCAUGUGGGAAGCGCCGGAACACUUCGGCCGCACCGCUGAUGGCAUUGUGCCGAGCUCCAUUUGGGUUUGGCCUGAAUUACUUGACUGCAUUCCGCGUUUUGCGGCCACAACCUUUGUGCAUUACUUAUGCGAGUUCGGGGCGGACUGGGCCAAACCGACGCGUUACUUGAGCAAUUUGCCUUUCUUCCGUCACUCCCCAAGGCCCUUGACGGGGUUGCCGGUGCUGGAUGCGGAUCACCGCUACGUUGGGCCGCUGCCCGCGUCGUGCCCGCAUGGGGGUCACGCGAUUAGCACUGGCAAAUCACCAACUACGCAGCAGUGGAACUUGCCGCGAGCCCGCGGCUGGCCCCCUCAGUUGUGUCAAUUCAUAGUAGCAGCCAUCGACUUCUCGCUGCAAGCAGAUGGGGAAUGCAAAUCCUCUAAGUCGAAGCUUCCUGACAAGGCAAUUAAGGUCCCCGAUGUGCUGGGUGGGCACGCUAAGGUUCCUCCCGUGCCCGUCGUUUCAGGUUCUGACCCUAAGGUUCCUCCCGUGCCCGUCGUUUCAGGUUCUGACCCAUCCUCGCCUUCAGGUUGCAGUGCCGCGGCUGCUCCUUCUUCCCAGUCAGGUUGUAGGUCCCCUAAGGCCACGGUGGUUCACCCUUCCCGUUCGGGUUUUAGUUCCUCUUCGCUUCCUGUGAAGUCCACCUGCGAUCCCGAGAGUGCCGCAUCACAACUGCUGGCGGCGCCAGGUCCGCUAGAACGUCGCCGUGUGUUAGAGUUAUUUGACAUGCUUCCCCGCGAGGAGCCGCCUAGGGAAUCGACUUCACCUGCACCGGGCAGGGCUUUCGCUACGGGCGCUUACUGUAAGGGUGGCUUAGUCGGUUUGAGGCAUCAUUCAACUGCGAUGCCUAUGUCGACGCGGGUUCUAACGAAGUACUUGCAGCAGGUUGCACCUGGCUUUCAAGCAUCCGCUAUCGCGAUCUUCGAUGAUGUCAGGACGGGUGUCCACCGUGAUGCUCGGAAUGCACACUAUCCGAACAUGGUAGUGCCGUUAUCCGACUUUGAAGGUGGCCAGAUCUGGCUGGAACAGCAAGGAGGCGACGUUUGGGAGACAACGCCAGAAGGGCAGAGACCGGGUGUCCUCUUGGAGGUUUGUAAGGGUCCUGUAAGCUUCGAUGCCUGGCGGUCGUACCACGCUACGCGGGCGUGGAAGGGCCGUCGGGUGGUGAUGGUAGCUUACAUGACUGACAAGCUUGGCAAUGUUGAGGCUUCCGACUUAGUUCACCUUAAGGCAUUGGGCUUUGAGUUACCACUUGACUUGGCUGCAUCGAAUGGGGAGACUUCCGAAGCUCUGGGUACCGCCGAGGGCCCAAGCACACGAGACACAGCACCACCCGCCGAUGGAUCCCCGGGGCGAUGGAGGCCGAUGGAUCGGGGGCAUCGCCUGGGCCCAGCGGCUACUGCACAUGCACAAUCCAUGUACCGGAUGCUUACGAGCUUCAUCGCCGAGCAUGUACCUGAUCCCCGGCGCUUCUGCUUGAGCCUACUUUCAGGAAAGAUCGAAUCCUCUCCAUUCGCUGGGGAGAAGUUGGAAGCCCUGCGCAAACAGUGGGUCAAGGUGCUGGGUGCAGAAGACAGUCCCGACGUGCUUGAGAUCCCGGAUGCGCAGCCCUUCUUGCUAAGGGCCUUGUCGCUUUCAGCCGAAAGACUUGAGGAUCCAGACUGGGAGAUUUUAACGGAGGGAGUUGACUGUUUCUGUACCGGGGUCCCCUUAGGUCUUAAUUGCGACAUACCACACUUGCCGCAGGUGUAUGAAAGGAAGUGCCAGUGGCGUAAGCUUGAUGAGUCAGAGUUGGAAUUUGACCGGGAAAAUUAUAAGAGUGCCGAGUUGAGCUCCGCCGGGCUCCUCGAAAAGUUUCGUGCAGAAGAAAAACUUGGACGGAUGAAACCGACAACACUCGGAGCCUUGCGUGAGGAGUACAGUGACGACAUGAUCCGCGUGGCCUCAAUGGGGGCAAUCCUCAAACCCGAUGGCAGUGUGCGGCCAUUACAUGAUGGAACGCACGGUGUCAAUGUCAACAACCAGAUACGCUUGGUGAAUCAGUUAGCAGUUCCAGGUCCGGCAGAAAUGUCAUUUUCAGUUCGGCAAUCAGGUGCUAUGCAAGAGAUUCCCUUGGCCGCGACCGCGGACGUGAGUGCUGCACACAGGUUGGUCUUGCAUCGGAAGAGUGACUGGGCCUUGAUGCGACUCCCCGUCGCCAUUGCCGGGGCCACUGACAAUCAGAGCAACGAGAAGCUUCUUAAGAAACAGUCCACUACCAAGUGGCCGCUCAUGCUCAUCAACAUGCAGCUCUCACAUCUCCUAAGAAAGGCUUGUCUGAGGCUCAGCUUGACUUGGAAACCACGUGACGAAAAUAAGUUGGCAGAUGCUCUGACAAAUCAGGAUUUCAGCUCUUUCAGUUCCGAACACCGUUUGGAUGUCAGUUUCAGCGAGCUACCACUUGAGCUCUUGAAUCAGUUGUGGUUGUCGAAGUCCGACUUCGAUGCGUCUCGUAAGGCGCUGCAGUCUGCAAGUAAUUUUCUGCCUCAUGUCCCGAAGAGGAAGCGCGAAGGCACACCCUGGUGA